GGCGCUGAGAGGCAGCACUGCACCUUCUAUACUGGUAGACAGCACUUCAACCCCCGAUACGAUCUCCUUUUGCUUCUCAACACAAAUUCCUUCUCAUCUGUACAUGCAACCGACACCAUCCUCCAAACACAAGCAGAGGACAACCUCCUCCACGGCAACCUGCUUCUUCCAGCCAAGUGCUCCUAUACAACAGUACUCUCCACGCUCCUUCACUGCCGCCGGCACCCAGUCCAUCUUCAGUUGAAAAGUGUCUGUUGUGAUGCAAUAAAAAAGGCGUCUUGAAUCUCCAAAGGGAUUGUUUUAAACACUGUGGUGACCUCGCAAGAAAGACCUCAUAGUGACAGCCCUCUUUGUCUAAACAACCCGAAUCGCUGACCACUUCUCCCCUGACCCCCUUUCCCCACUGCCACCAACCAGCCCUCUCACUGGGCCCAAUUUCUCCCGUGAGGAAGCCGAGAAGACUCCAGAUGGACUUGCACAGGGCCGCCUUCAAGAUGGAGAGCUCCUCCUAUCUCCCCAACCCCCUGGCCUCGCCUGCACUGAUGGUGCUGGCCUCUACUGCUGAAGCCAGCCGCGACGCUUCCAUCCCCUGCCAGCAACCACGCCCCUUCGGUGUCCCAGUCUCCAUGGACAAGGAGGUCCACAUUCCCUUCACCAACGGCUCCUACACCUUCGCCUCCAUGUAUCACCGACAAGGAGCCGUGCCAGGGGGCUUCCCCAGCCGAGACUUCCCUCCCUCCCUUCUCCACCUCCACCAUCAGUUUGCGCCCCCGAACCUGGACUGCUCCCCCAUCAGCAUGCUUAACCACAGCGGUGUGGGCGCCUUUCGGCCCUUCGCCUCCGUGCCAGACGACCGCGAUGGCAGCGGCUAUCAGUCUGCUUUCACCCCCGCCAAACGCCUCAAAGGCUGCCUGGAGGCCGACGCUUCUCCCCACCUGCGCUACUCCGACUCUGACGGCAAGGAGUAUGACUACGGGGGCGCUCAGAUCUCUUCCAGCUCCCCCGGGUCCCUCAAGGCCGCUGAGGAUGCUGGGAAGAAGCUGUUUGUGGUCUCGGGCCUCCUGUCCGACCGUGAUACCUCCUCCAGCCCUGAGGACCGUCACGAGCGCUGCAAGAAAAAGGCUUCUCUGUACGACAGCCAGGCCCCUAUCUGCCCCAUCUGUCAGGUGCUGCUGCGACCAGGAGAGCUACAGGACCACAUGGAGCAGGAGAUGAACCGGCUCACACAGCUACACCUCAGCAAGAAUCCUGCACUAAAGGACAGCAUUACCCCCAACACACCUAAGUCUAUUUUAUUAUCGGUGCACAUCAAACGUGAAGGAGAAUCUCCCACCGCCUCCCCGCUGUCAUCAGAAGACACUCACCACUCCGACAGAUAUCAGACAUUUUUACGAGUCAGAGCAAACAGACAAACAAGAUUGAAUGUCGACGACCUCUGCUGGUGCAGGCGCUACACCAAGGAAAGUGGCAAAACCGUACCUUUACGACUACGCAACGGAGCAACUGUCGCCCCCUGCUGCAGCCAACACGCUCGGAUUGGGAAGAUGAAGCGCAGGAAGCCAGAGGAUGGGCAGGUAUGUCCGCUGUGCAGCGCACCGCUGGCAGGGACAGAGGAGGAGAUGAGUAGGCAUGUGGAACAAUGUCUGUUCAAGAGAGAAGGCGCGUGCGGGAUGGAGGAUGACUCUGUGGAUAUCGAUGGGGAGAACGGCAAUCGCUUUGAGGAGUACGAGUGGUGCGGGCAGAAGCGGGUGCGAGCCACCUCACUGCUGGAGGGAGGCUUCGGAGGAACUGGCUUUGUGACAUGUAGCACUAAAGAAAACCACGACAGUGACGCAGAUCUGGAUGUGGAUGGGGAUGACACGUUGGAGUACGGAAAAGCGCAGUACACAGAAGCAGACGUUAUACCGUGUUCAGGAGAGGAGCCAGGAGAAGCCAAAGAGAGAGAAGCAUUGCGAGGCGCUGUUUUAAAUGGCGGCACGCCCUCCACCAGAAUAACGCCAGAGUUUUCUAAAUGGGCCAGCGAUGAAAUGCCCUCAACGAGUAAUGGGGAGAGCAGCAAGCAGGAGGCUGCCUCGACAGCGCAGAAGACAUGUAAAAACAGUGAUAUUGACAAGAUUACAGAAGACUCAACAGUGACGACAUUGGAAGCACUAAAGGCUCGUAUCAGAGAGCUCGAGAGACAGCUGGCACGAGGGGACCGGUAUAAGUGUCUCAUCUGUAUGCGGAAGAAAUUCCUAACAAGUGCUGAAGACAAGAAUAUGGAACCCGAAAGUAACAAAUCUGACAGUCGGGGCGCAAAGAAACUCCCGCUCAGCAUAUACUGUUUAUAUAGAGGAUACAUAAUGGGGUGCAGUGGAGUAAAACGGGUGUCCCCACCCAUGAGGGAUUCCUUCACAAUGCCCCUGACCUCUAUUCAGUGCUGGCACGUACACUGUGAAGAGUGCUGGCUUCGGACUUUGGGUGCUAAGAAGCUUUGCCCACAGUGCAACACGAUCACAUCUCCUGGAGACCUGAGGCGUGUCUACUUGUGAAGAAGCAACUAGCUGGCUGGCCCCUCGGAUGGCAUAUUUUAAAUUUUUUGUUGUUGUAUUUGAGGCCAAGUUUUUAAAGCACCUCCUAAAACUAAGAGACAAAAGACUGCCUCUCUAAAGGACGCUGUUGGAGGUGACCUUGCAAACUUGACCUCGGAAAAGAACCUGUUCAUUUCUUUAGAUCUUCUUGUGACAACGAUAUAGACCUGAAACACCCCCCUUCUUCAAAGCUGUCUUUCUGUGGUAUGAACAUAUUCCCCUUUUUUCUCUGGUACAGAAUGGCAGUAUUGUUGCAGUGUUACUUGUACCAGAUUUGUAUGUGUUGAGCCCAAACCCCGCUCGCCCUCCUGUCAUGCCACAGAGAUCUAACAGGAGGUGCCAGCUGUAUUGGCUGCCACUGUCAUCCACCCCCCUCCCCCUGCUGCUGCUUCUGUCCCCACUUAGAUCACGCUGUCCAGGAGGACCAGACUGAAGGUGGUUAAGGUUCCAGUAUUUGGUAGGAGAGCAUCCACAAAGACUUUGCUGGACCGCAAGACGACCUUGGGACCCCCUUCGUUAUUGAGUUGUGUGCUUUUAAUUUUUUCUUGUGGUGUUUUAAUGAACCAAAUUAAAAAGAAGAAAAAAACACAGAGAGAGCUGAAGCACAUGUAAUAUAGUCUGUAUGUUUACAGUGUUGUGUAUUCAUGAAUAGAAUUAAACACACACAUCGUAUAUACUAAAAUACUUUUUUUUUGCGUGGGGGUGAAGUUCAACAUUAAGAUUGGGGGACUUUUGGUCUUAAGCAGCCACCUUCUAAAGGCUUGUUGUCAUUGUACAGAAAGAAAAGUGGUGUAUAUUUCUUCAUUUAAAUAUAAAGCAACUGUAGUUUGAAAGAGAAGAGGAAAGAUUAAAAACCCAUAACUUUUAAGAAAUACUUUAAAUGCUUUAGACGGAAAAAACAGGUUUGUCUUUAGUCGUAGAGUAUGGGCUGUUUUUAAGUUAGAUCCCUGACAAAAUAAAGUACGAAACUGCACAGUGAAACUGGUUGGUACUCUGAAUUUGUUCCUUUUGUUUUCCUUGACACACCGCUAGCCUACAUUCUCAAUGUUUGUUUUUGAGGAGUGCACAGUGUACCAUAAUACAGAAAUCACGUUUUUUUGUAUAGAAUUAAAUUAAAAUAAUUCCAUAUACUGAAAUACAUGAGGGUUAAAUGUACAGAUUACAGGAUGUUCUGAGGAAGAAUGCAAAAGGUGAGUCAGUUCACUAGGGUAUGUUGUGUGCUCCUUAAAAUGAGCACUGAAAACAAAGAAUCCUGCCUAUAUUUCACACCCAAGCACCUACUGCAAGCUAUGUUAUUCUUAUACAAGAUGUACAGUAGCGACACCAAGUCGCCCCAAGAGAAGCCGUCUACAGUAUUUGAUUCUGUGACCGUUAAAGACCCUCCUUUACCCAACAGCAGUCGAGAAGUUUUUUCUAUUUGUCUUAGUUUUAAAGGCCAGGAGACAAAUUGAUUUUUUAAGCACUUAACAUGUUAAAGGUCUAGUCAGAAAAUCUUUUUUUUUUUUCAAAAACUUUUAAUUCUAGGAAAGUUAACUGAGUCUUCUGCACACAAACAGAAGUAGAGAUGCAUGGGUAAAUUCAGAACCUAAAUAACCAUUUCCCUGAAAUUAAAAAAACAAAAACAAAUCUGAUCUAAUGACAAACCCAUACUGGGACAGUCGCGUUUAUACAAUUGAAGGCAAUGGAAAAUAGCACAACCCCGUCAGAAUUUUUGAGGUGUUUACAUUUGUUCAUUGUACAGUUUGCUGCAUCACUAAUAUGUAUUAAAGUGCUGCCUAGUCAAACAGCUUAUAAUUGAAAGGGCAAAAUGCUUUAUCUUCCAUUCCGGGAUAACUGGAAACUGAAAAGAAAUUAUAAUAACUGACUUGCAACCCUACAUUUAAGUGAUGCAAUCUUUACAGAUGUAGAGAAUCUGAAUAAGGAGGACUCUGAAUGCCAACCACUGCACUGUACAGAUUUAAACAUUUAUUACUUCAAAUAAAGUGCCCUUUAUUCUGUCAGGCUGCAUAUCCCAGGAUAAAUUAAGGUACUGGGCUGAGGGUUUGUGUGUUGGGGCCUACAUGAGUGUGCAAGGCCUGUGUCAUCAAUGAGGCCUGUUCUAGAGGGAGGGAGUGGUAACUCUAUAGUAAUUUGUUGAGCAACCGUGUGCUUUGUAUUUGUAAAACAAUAUGUAUUCUGUAAUAAUGUUUGUUUCUAUGUAAGCCGAGUAAAAGAAAAAAAAAACAUAAAAGGUCCCUCACUGUAUAGAAAAUAAAUAAAGUAGAAAGUAAGGAAUAUCAAGGGCUUCAGUAGUAGCCAACUUAAACUAUUGUAAUUCAAUACAGUCAAUUUCUCUGCCUCCAUUUCUAUUUGAAUCCAUUUCAAAUCCCUCCCUUUAAUACAGACGUGUCAAGAAAGUACCACAGCAUAAUUGCAAAUAUGUUUGCUGUUGUCUUUUGGGUUUUCCUUGCAGAAGAUAAAAAAGGCAGAUAUUGAACCAUUAAGAAUAUAAAUCCGAAAUUAUUAUUUAUUUCUUAGCAGACGCCCUUAUCCAGGGCAAUUUACAGUUGUAAACAAAAAUACAUUUCAAGAAUCACAGUACAAGUAAUAAUACAAUUAAGAGCAAGAUAAAUACAAUGACUUUGGUUCUAGCAAGUACAAGUAUGACGAAAUACCAUUCAAUAAUGGAGCAGAUAACAGUGUCAGUGAUAGUUGCAUCAGGAUAUAAUUAAAUACAAAAUUCUACAGAUUAAAUAACACUUGACAGAUUAUAGGAAUCUAAAGUACAGGAUUAAAUUGCACAUAAAAACAUUUGAACGUCCUGAAUUAUACUGAACACUGAAUUCCACAUGUAUGAAUUAGCACAAUUGAAUCUUGGGACCUACUGUAUUGUCUACAGCAUUCCCAAUCACUACUGCAGUUUCAGAAACAUCUGGUUUAUCCUAAUUUAGAGAAAGGGGCAGAGCAAUUCCAAAGGGCCUGUUACACGGAGUAAUCCUCACCAAGGACACAAUCUGCCCAGGCCUUGACUGAAGCACUAUCAGUUGUCUCUUAUAGCAUCAGUUCCAGAUUGUGGUGUUUAUUCAGUAGUGUCCCAGUUGUAUCCCACCCCUUCGAUUUGUAAAACCUCACAAACACCACUGCCUAAUUUCAGUGCUAGAACCAGGGACUGCAGAGAUUAAAAAUAAAAGUGUAAGUAUAAUUCAAGUUUAUGGUUUAGCAAUACACUUGCAGACAGAGAUUGACAGUGAAAUUACCCUACUGCCGAUUCAAUUUACUGGAUUAACCCUAUGCUGCAUUACGGGUCGCAUGCAGGAUAUUUAAUUAGAUGGGCCUCAUUACAAAUUGUUUAAUCGGUUUCUUACUGUUUUUAAAAAGAUGUGCUUGAACUGUUUUCAUUGCCACAGUGUGUGGUCCUUUUAUACACUAUUCACUCUUUUGUCCAGCCUGCUGGACAUAUAACUGGAGAAAUAACAAUACCAUUAUGCUUUUGUUUGGUUUUGAGUAAUCCAGAUGUUUCUUGCAGUUGCUGAUGUUUGCCGUGCAACAUAGGGUUAGUAACAGGGCCAAUGUGCAUGUUGGAAUUAGUGGGGCUCUGACAGGCGAUUCUCUUAUUUGCAUAUAUACUGAUUAUUUUGCUUGUAAUAUUUGGAAUGUUAAGGUCUCCCUAUUCUGCUAUUAUUACUGCUACUAGAGACUAAAUCAAUCUUGCCUCUAAGAAGACAAAUUGCACAAGGUGGUUUCUUGAGUUGUGUCAGAUGAUGUGUGUCAUGUAUAUUCUCUAAAAUGGUACGUGUCUUUCCCGUUUGUAAACUACAUUUGGCAUCAAUUAAAGGAACAUAAAUCUCAA